AUGAUCGACCAACUUUUUGACAUCGGAUCGGUUCACAUCGAAGGGAGGCCUGGCUACCAGUAUUUCGAUGCUCGUGGAUGUGCAUGUGUCCGAGGCAUCAGCGAUCCCGAAAUGCAAAAUGCGUAUCGUCAUCUUCCCUCGCUGGCUCAGCGUACACUGUACGCGGUACUCUCCUGCGAGUUGAGGCUUCGUCUUGAAAAUCGAAGAAAUACUCCUGAGGCUCGUCAUCUUCGACUCGGAGUGGGGCUAGUUGAAUCAUCAAUCUCUCUUGAUGGUUGCUACUCGCAAUCGGGCAUUAGCAUUCAUGUCAGUGUUAGCAUUUACGUUCAUCGUUUGCAAUGGGACACGGACGGUACCGAGGGCCAUUGCUUGCAAUCGGCAAAACUAUCUAUGAUCUCUUUCGCAUUUAAAGUUCGAUGGUAUUCGUCCAUGGGUGAUGCAUUGAUGGCCAUUAAGAUACGUGAUGAGCUGAGCGAACGCGAAAUACAAGUUGAAAGUAGUUACAAAUUGUUCUGCGGCCCGGGACUGCUAGAAAUUAUUCCCGACACGGUCGGGUUCGGUUUGAACUCGAACCAAACCCGAGCGAAGACCAUUGGAUAUGAUAUAAGGUCUGAAGGUCGCCAUGCUACUUCUCCCAAGUUCAACAGACCGGUGAACCUCACGGAUACCGUAGAAUGCAAGACUCGUCGUGAGGCACUUGAAGAAACCCUUGAUCAGCCGACUUUACAGCAAGUCUGGGAAUCCAAAUUUUCGGUAGUCUCCUUCGCGAUCUCCAAGCUUGGUCUUGCAUGA